CUGGAGAACGUGGCCGGUCCUGGGUGUGGGAGCCGCCUCCUGCCCUGGCCAGAAGGUAAACGUCCUGCAGAGCUGCCUGGGGUGGGGAGGGGCUGGGUGGAGACCACCUCCGACUCCUGGGCUGUCUCCAUCCCUGGCCGAUCCUGGGUGCUGGAGCUUAGCAAACCAGUUCAUGCACAGUCUGCCCCUGUGCAGACGAGGAGCCUGAGGUCCAAGAGGACCCAGGAUGCUGUGACUGCCUCUGCCAACCUCUGGGGCUUCUCGGGAACCCUGCUCCAGGGAGGUGCUUCCUUCUCUGAACCUGGGUUUUCUCAACUGUAAAACGGAUGUAAUCUGGUGCCCACCGCCCCAGCCACUGUGUGGGCAGAGGGCAGCUGGCAGGCCUUGAUGGGGCUUCUCCUGCAGUUUGACAAAGUUCCCCCCAGAUGAGUCCUAGGCUUCUAAGUGCCCAAGAAACCAGCAGAGCUGCAUUCCAGAUCCCCUGGCACAAGGGCAAAGGUCUCGGGGGCUGUGGUGCCGAACCUGACUUUCCAGCCCCAGUCGUCUCAAGAGAGAAGGUCCCCCUUCCCACAGAUGGGCCGGCCAGGGCCCCCCAGAGAGAAGGUCGCUGACACCCAGCUGUCUGGUGCCCCUGCCGCCCUCCACCAUGCCCUUGGAGAUGCCAUCCUUGGUCCCGAGGACUCGGACCUGGUGCCCUCUGUGACCCUGGCCGCAGCCCUGGUCCUGGUGUUCCUCCUGCUCUUGGCCUGGCUGGUGUAACACAGGCCCCUCUGAGUCUGCUGCUGCUGUGGCCUCCGAGGCAGAGGGUGGGGUAUCUGUUGGCCGGGCUGGGCAGGAGUCAGGAGUGGAGCUCCAGGAGCAGAUCCAGGGAUGGGGCUGGAGGGUGGGGGUCUGCAGAGGUGGGGAGUUGAGGGUAAGAGUGGGGGGAAAACUUGUGGCCUCUGUCUAUGGCAGCCCCCGUGGGACCCCCAGGAGGACCCCAAGGCCCCCCCCCACUGGAGAGCGGGAACCCAGGGGAGCCCUAGUCUCUGCUUUCCAACGUCACUGCUGGAGGCUCACCCCUCCAGAUGGCCGCAGGUGGUGGGCUAAGAGCCUGGGGCCCCAGAAAGUGCUGCAGCAGAUGGGGCUCAAAUCCACCUCAUCCAGGUUUGCCGCAGGGCUGGAGUCCCCAUCUUUGCACGACCAUCCGGGUGCUGCAAAUAAAGCCAGGUGAUCCCUGGGAAUUUGUGGAACGAAAUCAAAGGGAGUCCAGAAAUGAGCGUUCCAGCCCGGGCUCUGUCCACGAAGGGUUGUGCCGGUCCAUGUGGUCUUGGCCCGCCACCUGCUGGCUGAAGUGAGAAUUGCACCAUCUGCUGUGCGAUCCCUUUGGGGGUUCCUCAGGGCAGAGGAGGUGAGGGUAUUUUAUUCUUCAAACUGGAAAAACAUUUGAGAUUAUGGAUUAAGCACAAGUCCUGUUACUUAGAGAGAGCUUCUUUUACUAUUUGCUAUUUAUCUUCGUUCCUUUCAUUUCUGUAUCUAUAAUUUUACCCCAAAAAUAUCCUCAGGAAGGGGGAGGAGGGGGUGGGAGAGAAUUGUGUACAUCGGGGGGGCAGUGGUGAUGGGUCACACUGCCCAGGGUCACUGGAGUCUUGCUGCGCCAUGGUGGCCCCGUCCUGGACCUUGACAAAGGAAGGCACGCGUUGCUGAGGAUGGGAGGGGCGUGGGACCUUCAGGUUAGGACCGGGAGGCACCAGGACCCCUCUGUCCUCAUUGAACAAAUACUUAUCAAGACACCAUGUGCCAGACACGGGAAGGUGGACGGGGCGGGGGCGCCCAGAGAGCUCGGGGCUGGCCCUCCCCGGGGAAGGGAAGGCCUCUGGGGCGAGCCCCAACCACAGACUUCCUCCCCGGGGGUGACGUUUCUUUUCCCUGCUCCUCUGGCUUCUCAGAGUCAAAGCACGCACCUGUGUGUCCAGGCUGGUGUGCCGGGAGCGGCAGAUGCCCUCUGUCCCCCACCGCUGCGUGGAUUCAGCCCAGUGGAGAGGGCAGGUGGGGAGUGAGUGGGGGCUCUGGGGGCCUCAGAGACUUCCCGGGUGGAGGGGUGUGGAGGUGGAUCCUGGAGGUCUGGAGGGGCUUCUUGAAAAAGUGGGGGUGGGCACUUCAGCUGGGGGUGAGGGAGCCGAGGCCUGGGGGCUGGACAGUAGCCUUCCUGACCUGUCAGCAGCACCUCGGGGCGGCUCUCGGGAGCUCUGCUUGUCAGCUGACCCCCCACCUGCUACCGGGGUCGGGAGGCCUGACCGCCGGCACAGUGACUUUGAGACUGCCCUCCUUUGUCCCACUUCACUUCCUGUCCUGCAGGCCCAGCGUGUGGCAGGGGCAGGGCUCUGCUGGGGCCACAAACUCCGGGAACUGCACCUGCGAGGAGGAUCCCGUUCAGGGACCGGUUUUAUAAAUGCCGUCCUCCAGCUGUCCUUGCAGUUAGGUGACCGAGUGAAUCAGUUCUGGCCCAGAGGGCCAGUCCUGGGGGCCAGGCCCCAGAGAGCCACGCCGAAGACCUGGCCGGACACUCCUGGUGGAUAUUCUCGGGGACCCUCUCGGGGUGCCGGCCAACCCACACUAUCAGGUACGUCCUGCUCCGGGCUUGAUAGGGGACAGGAAAAGGCCAGGGCGAGGCCCUCCCCGCCCCGCUGGCUAACCCCCUGCUCAGGGCACUGCUGUGACCCCCACCCACUCCGGCCUCGGGGGCCUGGCAGGGUGCCCAGACGGCCUGGGGCUGAGUCCUUGCUGGGCAGAUCUGGUGAACCACUCCCCUCCAUGAGCCUCUAUUUCUCGUGUACAUGGGGACAGCGGGGAGGUCCGCACAGGCAGGUGCAGGCGGAGCCCCAAGCUGGACGCCCGGGGUCCUGGAUGGGCGCUCGUCACCUGGCCCGUCUGUUGUCAGCCCUCAUGUGGCAGGCGGGGACCCGAGGCCUGCGGGAGAGAAGGCGGCUGCCUGGGAGAUGGACACGGUCUGAUCUGAGCAGCUGAGGUGAGCUCCCUCCCUGCCUGGUGCCAGGAGGGGUCAGCGCAGGUCCCCCACCCCGGCCAGACGCCCUGGGGUUCAUGUCCCCUGCCGGCCUCAGCCAGCGCCGUCUCUGGGGACGCAGCCGGCCAGCACACGGCCGCCUUGCUUGCUCAAGCAUGACGUUACAUUUGGUCGCACGGUGGGACUCUUCCUGGCUCGCCGUGUGUAGGUGACAGUCUGGCUCUGUCCUUCCUGGCCGUCCCCGUGUCUCUCUAGUUUAUCUUCGGCCCCUGUGCUGCCGCGUGGACGUCCCGCCAAAAGCAACGACUGAAUUUUGAGUCGUGUUUUGCUGAUGGUUUUGAAGACGUAGAAUACGUUCGAUCGGGAGACCCGAG